ACGCUCUUGGGUAUCGUUGCCAUCUUGCGUUCAUUGUCAGGGACGGCACGAGGCUCCGGUGUUGACGAUGACAGCGACGACGGCGACGACGGCGACGACGGCGACGACGACGACGACGACGACGACGAUGACGAUGAUGCGCUUCCUAUCUUUCGAAAAAAGCUGUCGAUUGAUUGCUGUCUUUAACGCACUGUAAAAACGGAAAAGAUUGUUAGCUAAAUUCAAAGAAAUUAAAUAUAUCUGGAAACGUACAGGCGCCUCGCUUCUUAUUUAAAUUAUAAAACAUCACAGAAAUAAAUAAUAAGACAAAAAAAGGAACGAACGUAUUAUGGUUUUAAUGGUCUCUAUUGAAUAAUAAAUAAAGAAGAAUAAAUGUUGUAUUUCCAUUUAUUAUUCCUGAUUAUUCGAAACUUUUUCCUGAUUGAUCAUGAAUGUCCUGCAAUACCGGUAAAGUACACGAGUUUGUACUUUGCCGAAUUUGUCCCGAGUUCUGCUUUUCGUUGAUAGAAUUAGAUUUGAAUUUUGUACUUUCAGAAAGAUAACAUUCUUUUAAAGAAAGUUUUGUGCAUAUUUAUAUAAAUAAACGUAAUAAAAAUAACAAUAUAAAAUUAAAGCUAUGGUUGUGAUUUCAAGAAUUUUUUCUCGUGGUUACGGCGGACUACGAACAGCGAGAGUACUACGUCAUUCAGUCAGAGGAAAUUCCUCCACAGUUGCUCGAGGUUCGGUACAAGAAUCGCAUAAUAAUGAAACGGAACAAAAUGUUGAGCAGAAAAAAGUGAUUCCAGAUAGAUAUCGAUUCGUGUAUCCAGAAUUUUUACCUGAUCCAGAUUCCAGAUAUCGUAACUCACUUCGAGAGAAGCUAGAGCGCAUAGAUAUGCUGGCAAGGCGCACACACAUAGCGAUACCUGAGUUUUAUGUUGGUUCUGUAUUAGCUGUAACUUAUUCCGAGCCACACGCUCCUGGAAAGAUCAACAAGUUUGUCGGCAUAUGCAUCGAGAGAGGUGGAUGUGGCUUGAGGGCUACGUUUAUCUUGAGAAAUGUGAUUGAUAAUCAAGGGCUCGAUGUGCUUUAUAAUUUAUAUGAUCCUGCAAUACAAAAGAUAGAAUGUCUCAGGCUUGAGAAAAGAUUGGAUCCACAUCUACGAUAUCUACGAGAUGCACCAGCAGAAUACAGUACUUUCCCUUUGGAUAUGGAGCCAGAAUAUUUGCCAGAAGGUACUCCUGUGCCUGUAAAUGAGAUUAAAGUACCGCUUAAUCCUCGUCCAUGGGUGGAGAAAUGGGAACGUCAAGAGUUAAAAGGUGUGACAAAUCUUCAGCUUAAUGAGAAACGCAUUAAAAAAGCUGAGGCUGCAGCAAAGCCUUGGGAAAAAUAUGAUCUUAUGAAGAAAUAUCGGGAAACCAUCCCUGAAGAGGAUCAAAAUGAAAUAUUUAAUGAAGUGUAUACAAAAUUACACGAAAUGGAAAUUACUAAACGUAGGCAACAACAUAAACGAGCUUUUGUACGUCCAAAGAAAACUGGAUAAACUUUUGAUCAUGUGCAGUAUUUUUCAAUUCAUGUAUAAGAAAAUAGUACGAAAUAAAUAUAUUUGUUUUUUUUUUGUUACAAUUUUGUAUCUCUGUAAAGAGAAAGGCUAUUCCAUUUAUAUUAUAAAUUAUAAUCGUGAAAAAAA